GCCGGGGGGGGCAGAGGGGGCGGAGUUUCCAAAUUUCGACUGGCACAGGUACGAGCGGAAGCGAGCGGAGGCCGGAGAGAGCCGGGCGGAGGGGCAUGCAGGACUAUCAGAAUUUGCCGAUUGACAUCCAGACAAGCAAGCUCCUAGACUGGCUGGUGGACAGGAGACACUGCAACCUGAAAUGGCAGGGCCACGUGCUGACUAUCCGCGAGAAGAUCAACGCGGCCAUUCAGGACAUGCCGGAGAGCGAGGAGAUCAAGCAGCUGCUCUCGGGAUCCUAUAUUCACUAUUUUCACUGCCUGAGGAUUGUGGACAUUCUUAAAGGGACCGAGGCCUCCACUAAAAACAUCUUUGGUCGCUACUCUUCCCAGCGGAUGAAGGACUGGCAGGAGAUCCUGUCCCUGUACGAAAAGGAAAACACCUACCUAGUGGAACUCGCCAGCCUUCUCGUGCGCAACGUCAGCUACGAGAUCCCGUCCCUGAAGAAGCAGAUCAGCAAGUGCCAGCAGCUGCAGCAGGAGUACAGCCGCAAGGAGGAGGAGUGCCAGCUGGGGGCCGCCGAGAUGCGGGAGCGCUUCUACAGCUCCUGCAAGCAGUACGGCAUCACCGGCGAUAACGUGCGCCGGGAGCUGCUGGCCUUGGUGAAGGACCUGCCGGCGCUGCUGACGGAGAUCGGGGCCGGGGCCCGGGUGCUCUCGGAAGCCAUCGAUGUGUACCAGGCCUGUGUGCAGUUUGUGUGUGAGAGCGCCACGGAGCGGGUGGUGCCCAUGCUGCGACACGUGCAGGAGCGCGGGAACACGACCGUCUACGAGUGGAGGAGGGGGGUGGAGCCCACCAUGGUGGAGCGUCCACGGGCGGAGGAGCUGCCUGAGCAGCAGGACGAGGAGGCGAUCGACUGGGGGGACUUAGGGGUGGAGUCUGCGCCCGCCCCCAUGGGGGUUGAUUACAGCAUCUCCGGUGAAGACGGAGCCCAGGCCGAGGAGGUGGACUGGGGGAUCUCGCUGGAACCUGACCCACAGGGAGCCGGCACUGACGGGAUAGACUGGGGAGACGGGAGUGGCGGUGACCCGGAGCAGAUCACAGUGCUCGAGGCUGGCAUCCAGGUCCCAGAUGGAGUCGCCCGAGGGCCGGAUGCUCUGACCCUCCUGGAGAGCCCGGAGACCCGGAGCCAGUUCAUCGACGAGCUGAUGGAGCUGGAGACCUUCCUGUUCCAGCGCAUCGUGGAAAUGAGCGAAGAGGCUGACGUGGUGUCCGUGAGCCAGUUCCAGCUGGCCCCCCCCGUCCUGCAGGGCCAGACCACGCAGAAGGUGGGCGCCAUGGUGUCGGCCGUCCAGGAGCUGAUUGGCCGGCUGACCAACCUGCGGAUGCAGCACCUGUUCCUGAUCCUGGCCUCCCCGAGGUACGUGGACCGGGUGAGCGAGCUCCUGCGCCAGAAGCUGAAGCAGGCGGAGCUGCUGGUGCUGAAGAAGGAGCUCACGGCGCAGAAGAGGCAGGAGGCGCUGGAGGAGCAGGGGACCCUAGAGCCCAAACUCGACCUGCUGGUGCAGAAAACCAAGGAGCUGCAGAAACUAAUUGAAGUGGACAUUUCCAAACGGUACAGCGGGCGCCCUGUGAAUCUGAUGGGCACCUCCCUGUGACCCCUCCACGGCGAUGCAGCCCCCUACGGAGCCGGGGUCCCCCAGAGGGGCAGGACAGAGGAGGCAUUCCCGGGGCGCCGCUAACCAGGACUUGCUCACGGUGUACGGAGCAGAUGCCCUACCCAGGGGCUCCAGGCAGCCGGGAGGGAAUUGCUCAAUAAAGCGGGGGAAGCUGCUCCAUCCCCACCCUGCUCCUCAUGUGAAUUCACGCCCCGAUUCCCCUGGCCCGGCCUGCAGUGUCUCUCACUGGGGCACUGGCCCCUCCCCUCCCCUGUGUGUCUGACCAGGACACUGCCCCAGGGCAGACCCCCUGUGCAGCUCACAGGGACCCUGAGCCCUGCCCCGCUUUGAGCAGGAAGAUUGUCACUGGGUGGCGCCCUGGAGGCUUGUGGCCCUUCCCCGGAGCUGCCCUCCCACCACCGCCCGGGGAUCUGAACCAGGGGCAGGCGAGCGGCGGGGCUGCCAGCGGGAGCCCUCCCUUCCCCCGGCCCGACACCCUUCCAUCAAGCCACUGCCACCGGCUUUACCUGGCUGCCUGUUAUCAAGGCAGCUCCCAGCCCCGGCCUGCAGCGCCCCAUGGCGAGUGCCCCCCACCGGCCUGCUGGGAACUACCUCUGCUCCCAAGCGGCCCCUCAACACCUUGCUCCAGGCUGGGCCCGGCCCCCCUUCCAGCUCCCGGGCGGCUUUUGGGGUGAGGGUUUGGGGGGGGGGGUGAUUCAAUUUUAAUUUCAUAGCAGAGCAGUUGAUUCAUGGCUCUUUGUCGCCGGCGUUGACUCCCGUAAUGACUUUCCAUCAAAAUGAAAAGUGGAGUGACACCGCUCAUUAUUCCUGCUGCUUGUUAUCUCAGUCGUGGGGAGGGCCGCCCCCUCCCCGCUGCCUUUCAGCCGGCCCGGACAGUGAGUGAUGGCCCCUAUUAAUCACCGACCCCACGGACUCCGGCGGACACACGCUAUCCGCAGGAGAAGGGGGGGAGAGAUAAGGCACCGGCAACCGCUCCGAUCAAUUAACGUCAAGCGGCGUCACCCCUCCCAGCCCCUCGGCCUCGCCCCCUUUGGGGGGGGCGGUGAUGGGAGGUGGGCAAGCGACAGGAAAGGAGCGUUUGUGCCUCCUGGACUGAUUGGAUUCCCUCUGUCAGGGGAGCCCAGCGUGGGCUCCCCCUACCCCCAGGCCUUGGCAGCCCCCAAAGCCAGCUCCGUGCUGGGGUUGGAAGGCACGUCAGCCAGUGGAGGGCGCCUCGGGGAGGCUGUUUAUUUUGCACAGGCUCUCCCUGCCACAGACCAUUGAUCCAAUCCCGCCAGCUGUCCCGCCUCCUGUCCCUUCUCAGCAGCCCAUUGGUCCCAUCUCAUCCUCCAUCCCGCCUCCAGCGUUGACCUGGAUGCUACCUGGUGUUUCAAAAGAAACCGCCUCCCAUCCCCAAUCCUCCCCCUGCUCUCUGCUCAGCUCCUGCUGUGCCCUCCC